AUGGGACGAAAAAAAAUUCAAAUAUCAAAAAUCACUGACGAACGUAAUCGUCAAGUGACAUUUACAAAACGAAAAUUUGGUCUUAUGAAAAAAGCUUACGAAUUAAGUGUCUUGUGUGAUUGUGAAAUAGCGCUUAUUAUAUUUAAUUCAUCCAAUAAAUUGUUUCAAUAUGCAUCAACAGAUAUGGACAAAAUUUUGCUCAAAUAUACCGAAUACAAUGAACCACAUGAGAGUCGAACGAAUAAUGAUAUCGUACAGAUUCUUAAUAAGAAAGAAUCAAAACAUCUUGAUCCCAACGACAGUGAUAAUGAUAUGGAGGAUGAAAGUGCCACUGAAAUGGACAGUAAUCAUCCAAUUCCAUCUCACCAUCAAAUAAAUCAUCAACAUCCUUUAGACGCAACUAUUAAUGAUUCAAAGAAACGUACAAAUAAUCAUAAUCAGGCUAGUAAUUAUCUUUCAUCUUUAUCAAUGAUUAACGGUAUUACCCAACAAAAUCCACAGAAACAAAAUUUUUUAUCAGUGCAUGGUACACCUGGUAUUGAUGCCUCAUCUUCCCCAUCGCCACAAUCGACAUAUUCACCGCAAAGCUCUCCAAGCGAAUCACGUACAAGUCCAAGUGGCACAUCAAAACAACAAUCAACAUCGAAUUUAAAUAACAAGUUUACAAUGAGUGCAAAUGUAGCAACAUCACUAGCAUCAGCAUCAUCUCAUGUAACAUCUCAUCAUAAUGAUUUAACAGGUGGAGGUGGAGGCAUGACAAAUCGUCUUAAUGCUGAUUUUUCACUUAAUACGGCUACGAGCAAUGGAAAUGUCGGUAUAGGUGAAAAUAAUAAUUUUCCUUCAUGGCAUGGAUCUUCGCAUUCAUCAUUAGCUGCUGCUCUACAAAUGAAUACAUUGCCAUUAGGUAUGAUGAAUUAUGAUAUGCAACAAGCACUAUGCGGACCUCAAUCCACAGCAAAUAAUAACAAUUCAGCACGUGCCAGUCCACAUUUGUAUCAUCAACAUCAUCAUCAGCAGCAACAACAACUUCUUCAUUUAUCCCAACAGCAACAACAACAUCAUCAUCGACUGAAAAAUGAGCCAUUUUCACCUUCAAUUUCAGUUGGUGCAGGAAGCAAUCGUUCAUCAACAAUGGAUAAUAAUUCCAAUUCUAAUACAUCAUUAUCGAAAGCACAAAUAUCUUCCCAACAACAUCAAUCACAAUCGUCACUACAAAGAUCUUUUGAUUAUAUUAAUUCAUCUCCAUGUCCUGAGCCUUCACUCAAACAUGCUCGCUUUGAUCAUACUGUUUGGCCUAAUACUACGUAG